AUUCGCUUAACGUAGCUCGUGACGGACACACGUCUAUUCAGCUUCCAUACAUUCGCGUACGAUCGCGCAAAAAACUUUUCGGUGGUGUGACGAACUGUCGUUUCAGCAUUAAAAAAAUGAACACGAUCUUUUUGUGCUGUGACCGUAACUGAGUGCGAAGAGACUUUUCAUCUGCAGGAGUGCUACGGGGGCUAAUUACGAGCUGCUAGACUAAUUGGUGGGGCCGGCGUUUCAUGAAGUGCGAGCGAAGGACGCCGCAGCAGUCAAGCGGCAGUCCGGGGCUGGGCACGCACAUGCUAGCCAUGGACGUGACCAAAGAGUCCCGAGCUUCUCCGCUGCCGGCAAGCUCGCAGGCUUCCGGUACAACCUCUUCGCAACAACCGCCGCAGCCACAGAUAUGUGCGGGGUGCAGUAAGGUGAUCACCGAGCGUUACCUACUCAAGGCUUUAGACCAGUUGUGGCACGAGGACUGCCUCAAGUGCGGCUGCUGUGACUGCCGCUUGGGCGAGGUCGGCCACACGUUGUAUACGCGCGCCAACCUCAUUCUGUGUAAGAGGGACUAUUUGAGGCUGUUUGGUAACACUGGUUAUUGUGCGGCGUGCAACAAAGUGAUCCCCGCCUUCGAGAUGGUGAUGCGCGCCCGUAGCAACGUCUACCACUUAGAAUGCUUUGCCUGCCAGCAGUGCAACCAUAGAUUCUGCGUGGGUGAUCGCUUCUAUCUCUGUGAAAAUAAGAUCCUCUGCGAGUAUGACUAUGAGGAACGGCUGGUUUUCGCGAACAUGGCGUACAACCCACCACCACUUGCGCAUCUAAAGAGGCAGACAACUCAUCUUUCCCCGCCUCCGACGAGCAACGCGAUGAACCUAAUGAACGGUUCAAGCCGCUCAGGGGAUCUAAAUAACAACAUGUCUGGCUCAUCUCCAGCAGCUUUCGUCCCUCCCCCGCACCUAAAACCAUUAGGUCUUUCAGCGACCAGUUGAGAUUAUCGCAUGUGAGAUACGGCCCACCCAUACGCCAAGUAUCAAAACUAAAAAAUCGCUCUAUACUGUUCAAUGACUCACGUAAAUAUACGUUGGACAAGAGUCGGAUAGGUAAAGCGGACUAAGUGUCGGUCAAUCGUUUUUCAAAAAGUGAUCAACAGAAGUGUGUUGGACUGCAGUUUUUUGACUAUGUGUUGUAUAAAAAUAUGCCAAAGCUUCUGUAGCUAACGAUCUGAAGUAAAAUAAACUGUUUUUAAUUAGCUCCUAAAAUAAAAUAGAAUACUUUUUCAAUUCCAUUUGAAAGUUGAUCUCAGAAGAGCAAUUCUAAAUAAAGAUAUUACUUACGAGUGUAUAAAGAUCGUAAAACCGGUUGUAUAUAUAACCGGAUAAGGAAACGCGGGUUUUAAGACUGCCGAUCAUUGUAUUCUAGUGCUAAAAUAUUGAUGUUUGUGUAAAUAUUAUAAUUAUGAAAUUUUAUUUAGUUUCUAUGUUAAGGAACACUCCGUUAUGUGUUAGCGAAUUAAAAGAAGAAAAUUGAUCAAAUAUAUUAUUUUACAACUCUACGUUCAGAAAUAUGUUUGGCAUAGCCAUAGUUUUAUUUCUCGAUUGUCUUUCGCUUUGUUGUUUCUUUUUGUAUAUUGUAAAUUACUGUUAAGUUUAUCUAUAAACAUUGUUGUAAUGUUUGUAUUAUUUAUGUAAAUAAAAGAAUUAACUUAAGUAGGUAGUUUAUUGUAUCUAAUGAUUAAAUAAACAAUAGUAAAUAUAAAUAUUUCAACUUAGCAAAAUAUGAAAAUACAUGUGUUUAUUAAAACGAAAAAUUACAUAAUUUGAAAUAGUUCAAAUUAGUUUAUUUAGCGAUAUUUCAAAUGAAUCUUUGUAUUGACUAUGGAUAAUUUUUAAUUCCGCAUUUAAUUAGAUAUAAUAUGCAUUCCUAAUUUAAUUAAGGAACGUUGCUGUUGCGAACGGACAACACAUUUGUGUGGAAUGUCAAAUAAAUGUGUUUGGUUCUAUUUAAACCAAUGAUUUGACCAAAGAUGUAGCUCAUUAAAAGUUGUUCAAGA